CUGAUCACCAAAUUUGCCUGGCUUUGUUCUCGAGAACAAUGGCGGACGCGGCAGCUACACCGAGCAAGACGAAGGCAAAAAAGAGAUAUCUGAAAAAGAAAAAGGAGCGAAGAAAGAUCCGCAAGGCGGCACAGCCCAAGUCUGCGAGGAACGUCGUCCGCGUCGAUGAGACUUCGGGGUCUGAAUCAGAGUCUAGCGAUGGGGAGGAAGAGGUAGUGAAGACCUCCCAACCAAAGGUUGCCAAGAAGGCAGAGGUCAAGGAGCCCCCGCGCAAACGCCGCCGACUCUCGAUCGACGAGGAAGAACGAGUCGAAAGUCAGGUCGAGGUCGCAGCAGAGGACGACGAUGAUGACGAACACGACGAGGACGACCAUAUGGAGGGCGCAGAUGCUGCGGAGGAUCCGGACGAGCAAAUGGAUGUCGAGGAACGGGCAGUCACCCCGGACGUACCGCGACAAUCGCCAACGCCACCAGCCGCCCUCCCCUCCUUCCCGAUACCCACUCAGCCCGAUGCCCCUUCUAAGGCCGACCUUGCGCUACAAGGUCUUGACAAAGCCCUGGUCAACGCCGAGCUCGUCGACUCGACGCAGAUCCUGCCUAUACCAGCCGAGGAGGACGACGGCGGCACCAAUCUCUCCCAGCGAACGCGAAAGCGGCUGCAUGAACUUGGCAUCACGGAGCUCUUCGCUGUACAAACCGCCCUACUCCCUUUCCUACUCGCCAAUCCCUCGCGCGCUGUGUAUACCCCAUAUAAUUUACCGAGAGACGCGUGCGUGUCUGCCCCCACAGGAAGCGGGAAGACUUUGGCAUACGUCACGCCCAUCGUCGAGGUUUUGUCUUCGAGGAUAACGACGAGGCUUCGUGCGCUCGUCGUUGUACCAACACGCGACUUGGUCACGCAAGUGAAGGAGACGUUCGAGGCUGUCGGAAAAGGGCGGGGGCUGAAGAUUGGGGUUGUGACUGGGCAGCACUCGUUCUCUCAUGAGCAAUCGCAGAUUGUUGGUGACAGCACGACAUCGCUCGCCGGUGGAACAAGCAAAGUCGACAUCCUCAUCUGUACGCCCGGGCGCUUGAUUGAUCACCUCAAUGGGACGACGAACUUCACGCUUCAACAUCUCCGAUUCUUGAUCAUCGACGAAGCUGACCGCCUACUGGCUCAGUCAUUCCAAGGAUGGCUAUCAACGGUCCUAGCCGCAACAACCCAAUCCACCGUCCCGUCAACCUCCUCACAAGACUCGAACCUCCCCCGCGCGGAAGCCGCCGCCCCGCACGUCGUACCCGCGCUAGGCUUUCCCAACGUCCUAUCCCGCCAACCCGAGCGCCCCCGCUCCUCAUGCCAAAAGCUCCUGUUCUCCGCCACCCUCACGCAGGACCCGGGCAAGCUUGCCGCGCUCAACCUGCACAACCCCAAAUACUUUAUCGUGCGGAGCAAGGCCAAGCGCGAGACAAUCACGUCUGGUAUCCUGCCGGACGUCGCGGACGUUGUCAUGGAGCGAUUCUCCAUGCCAGAGGGCCUCACCGAACACAUGGCCGUCUGCGACCCCGCGGACAAGCCGCUGGCCUUCUUCCACCUAAUCACAUCGCACGGCAUCCGCAACGCGCUCGUCUUCACGAAGUCGGCGGAGUCGACGACGCGCCUCGUGCGGCUGUUCGAGUUCUUCGAGAAGGCGCGGGCGGAAAGGUCACCUGCGGGGGAUUCGCGUCCGGUGACCAUCAGCGCAUACUCGAGCGACCUCGGCGGGGCGGAAAGGCGCGCGAUUCUGGAGAGGUUCCGCAAGCAGGAGAUACAGAUCCUCGUCGCGUCGGACCUGAUCUCCCGCGGGCUCGAUGUCAGCCACGUCUCGCACGUGGUGAGCUACGACGCGCCGGUGGACGUGAGGAAGUACGUGCACCGCGUCGGGCGUACGGCGCGAGCGGGGCGAGCCGGCAGCGCGUGGACGCUGGUGGAGGAGCAGGAGGCGCGCUACUUCAAAAACAUGAUGAAGGAGGCGGACCAUCUUCCCAGCUUGAAGAAGGUUAAGGUGGACAGGAAGGAGAUGGAGGAGCUGAGGCCGCUUUACACGGCGGCGCUGGAGAGGCUGAAGAAUGUUUACACGAAGGCGCACUAGAUCUUAGGCGUGUCGUACUUAUUGUCUGUUAGUUGCACACAGGAUGCUGUUAGCAAAAAUCGCCUAAAUUGCGGGCAUCUGAUCUCCGGCCCCUCUUUUUGGGCCAUAACGUUGAUGGCUUCGGAGACUUUCCUCUGGUUGUUUUCUAGCCUGUUCAUCCUCCCCGUCGAGCUGCA